UAUUUAAACACCCAUCCUUGUUGCCUUCCACUGUCGCGGAGCCCAAUAUGUCAGCAGUACCAGCUUCACGACCCACUUCACUUCCUGCUCUAGACAACACUCUUGGGGCCCUAUAUAUUGGCGCCAGUCUCGCGAUGCUAUUGUACGGUGCUAUCUGCGUUCAGACGUUUCUCUACAUAACUUCAAAUCGGGCUCGAUCUGACCGUUGGUGGUUGAAGCUUCUGGUAUUAGUUAUAGUCGUAAGAACUUCAUCCAAUGCGGGAUUAGAUACUGUUCAACAAGGUGUGAUUAUGGCUGGCAUGUAUCGCUUUUUGGUGAGCGACUUCGCCAAUCCAGCUGCAUUGGAAGAAGGAGGAGCCGAUAGUGGCGUAGCAUUGACCACAUAUGAGUCGUCUAUCAUCGGAGUCUGCUCUGUGCUUCUCAUGCAGCUCUUUUUCUGUUGGCGCAUAUGGAAAAUCGGCGCUUCUUCACUGAAUUUAUGGAUGCGAAUCACCUUUAUGGCUAUCACGGUUCCAUUGGCGUUCUUUAAUUUCGCAUCGUAUAUCGCUAUGGGUGUCCUCGGUUCCCAGCACCGCUUACAGACUUCCAACUCACCUGGAUUUUCUCUUGCAGUUAAGCUUGCGGCUUCAAGUGGCAUGGCCUUUGAUGUAAUCGUGACUCUGGCUAUGAUUACAAGUCUUCAUCGAGUUCGAUCAGGGAUCAUCAGAAGUGAUCAUGUUAUCACUCUUCUUACACUGUUCACUGUCAAUACGAACCUCAUCACGACUUUACUCUCGGUAGGGUCAUUGGUUACGUUCUUGGUCCUUCCCGAUGCGACAGUCUACGGAGGAAUUUCUUUCUUAAUUGCAAAGUCGUACUUGAACUCGUUUUUAGCCAUACUCAAUUCUAGAGAUUACCUUCGAGAAAAGCUGGAUCCGUCAAUGUCGAUUCACGAGGCCCAAUCUUCACAUCCAGUGUUUGCCGAAUUUAAUUCGACUGAUACCACAACGACUCAGCAAAUGGAGGAGUCGGAGCCAGAGUCAGCUCUUGUGAAUGAUUCGUCAACCAAAGUCUAAAUUAUUUUGCUGAUGUUGGGGGAAUUAACUUAUUUAUAUGUCGAUUAAAUAUUUUAUGUUUGAUAUGUGUUAUACUACGAUGCUACAAGGAUAUAUCCCUUCACUGAGUAACAAGAUACUAAAAAGAGCCAAG